AUGGUAAAGGCUGCUAGGACAUAUCAAUGCCAUCGAUGCUCUAGGACGUUUGCCCGAUUGGAGCAUCUUCAGCGCCAUGAUCGAUCGCAUACAAAGGAGAAGCCCUUCAGCUGCGAUAAAUGUCCCAAGUCGUUUACACGCAAAGAUCUUUUAGCUCGUCAUGAGCGUCUCUUUCACACCUCUACCGAGACUGAUCCUGGCAGCCAAAGCCAGAUUCCGUACUCAUCACCCUCUAGUCAUACCAAUGAGGGACUGGGCAAUCGAUUAGCUGCUUUAGGAGGUAACCAGAUGGUAUCUCCAAUUUCUAUCAUUGAGGGAGAACAACGUCCAAAUAAUGAGCAUUUUCCCUCGGGCUUUCCCGCUCCAGUCAACCAAACCCCUCUCAUGGCCCAGCGAAUACCAGAGAGCCAUCCGUCCAGUAUAGGUCCCCAGGAUAUGGUUACCAUGACUGAAUUCAACCCUUCUUUAGGGGGAUUUGGCUUGUCGACUCCAUACGGCGACGAUUUCACAUCAUUUUUAGACAGCAUCCCGCUGCCCAGCCACCCUUUUUCACCAGCAUAUCAGCCUUUGCCUCUGUUUCCCGCUUUCCCCAUUUUUCCACAGCCGGACUACUCUCAAUCUUCUGAAGGAGGAAGGGAAGUCGAAGGCCCUUCCACGCCUUCGAGCUCUGUGCUUCCCCGUCAUGGAACACAACUGCCUUCACUUCAACCAGAAGGGACCCACAACCCUUACAGGGCACACCAACUCAAAGGCUUUGUUUCUGUGACUGAUGCAUGCAGAGAUCGUAUCGUGACAUUACUCUCAGGCUAUUCCAAUGUACUUUCCGAUCUCUCCUACCCUUCUCGACAUGCUCUGUCGCGAUAUUUUACUGGAUACGUAACAGGAUUCCAUGAUCACUACCCAUUUAUGCACAUUCCGACCCUGGAUAUCAAUUCCAUAUCAGUACAGCUCUUCUGCUCCAUGACGGCGCUAGGGGCACAAUAUUGUCGUGAACCAGAAGCGAGCAUGAGUCUCUAUCAGGUGGCCAGGGCUGUAACACUAGAACAUAUUCGACGGGAAUUCCAAUCCGCUACGGAGAUAGGAACACGCCCUGGUACAACUACGUGGCUAUCUGCAUCAGCCGCUGAUAACCGAGAUCUCUUUGAGACCCUGCAAGCGACGGUGCUACUGAUGGCAGUGUCAGCGUGGUUCAAAGACAACCCCCCUCAUUAUGAUGCGUGGUCGCUCAGAAGCUAUAUGGAAACUCUGGCGAGAAUGGGGGGAUUCAAUUACCUCCCGGUCCAGGAUGGUUCGUGGGAGAGUUGGAUUCGAAGAGAGACCGUGAAGAGAACCAAGCUUAUUGCGUUUUGUUUUCUCAACAUCAACACUGUCGUUUUUGACCUUCCUGCGAUGAUUCUCACCGAAGAUAUCGGUCUCGAUUUGCCUUGCACAGAAAAAGAAUGGCAAGCAACCAGUGCCAGUCUCUGGUUAGAGGAAAGAAGGCAGAGUGCUGGUGAACCCAAGCUACAGGAUGCUCUGGCCUCCCUUUACGCUCAUACCGAGAAUGGCCAGGGAUGUCUAGAGAGCUUCUCCUCCCUGGGAGGCUAUGUCCUGAUACAUGCAAUCAUUCAGCAUAUCUGGUCUAUCCAGAAAACUCGUCGGCUUCCAAUAUUCAAAGGCAACUCUUUGUCGACCCCUGAGAUAAAUUCAUUGGAGCAAGCUCUAGAACGUUGGUGUCAGUGCUGGGAACGCAACAAAGAGUCAUCUGUCGACCCCCUGAACCCCCAUGGUCCACUUUCAUUUACAUCCGCCGCCCUCCUGAGAUUGGCAUAUAUACGACUCAAUGCCGACUUUAGUUCUGCCCGGCAACUUCAGACAUGGGAUCCUGAGGCAAUCGCACGAUCUCUGAAAGAGAACCUAUCCGUUCAGCGAAGUGAUCGAAUGACCAGGGCUGCUCUGCACUGCGCCCAUGCAUUGAGUACCCCUAUUCGCUUAGGAAUCAAUUUCGUCGCGCACAGUCAGGCAGUACUGUGGUCAAACCAACAUGCCCUAUGUUCACUGGAAUGUGCAGUCCUACUUGCCAAGUGGCUCGAAGCCGUAACGGUCACUCAUCCCUCCCCCAGCCUGACGGAGCAGGAGACGAAAUUGCUUGACUUUGUCAUUGAGAUGGUCAUGGAGGCUCAGCAUGGAGUGGGUCGAGAUUGGCUGCUGCAAAACAAUGCCCGUCUUAGUGCUAGUGUGACAAGACUCUGGGCAAGACUUUUCACGGCCGAUUACAUCUGGGAAAUUGUGAGUCUGAUCGGGCAGGCUUUGAACAGCUAUGCCAAUCUGGUGGAAAAGGCAAUCUGA